AUGGACCUGCUGGUGGCCGAGAACCCCAACCUGGUGAGCAAACUGGAGAUCGGCCGCUCCACCGAGGACCGGCCCCUCUAUGUGCUCAAGUUCAGCACAGGGGGCUCGAACCGCCCGGCCGUGUGGAUCGACACCGGGAUCCACUCCCGCGAGUGGGUGACUCAGGCCAGCGGGGUCUGGUUCGCCAAGAAGAUCGUUGAUGACCACGCCAAUAACGAAGGGGUGGCCUCCAUCCUGGACACCAUGGACAUCUUCCUGGAGAUCGUCACCAACCCCGAUGGCUUUGCCUACACCCACAGCACGAACCGCAUGUGGCGCAAGACCAGGUCCAAGUACCCGGGUAACAUCUGCGUCGGCGUCGACCCCAACCGCAACUGGGACGCGGGAUUUGGAGGGUCUGGGGCCAGCGGGAACUCCUGCACGGAGACCUACCAUGGCCCCUACCCCAACUCGGAACCCGAGGUCAAAUCCAUCGUGGACUUUGUGACGGUUUCCCUCACCUUUCUCCCCGCUCCCUCCCAGCACAAGCUCUCCGCCAAGGCCGUGGCCGCUCUGUCCUCCCUGUACGGCACCAGCUACACGUACGGGAGCAUCAUCACCACCAUCUACGAAGCGAGUGGAGCAACCAUCGACUGGACCUACAACCAGGGCAUCAAAUAUUCCUUCACCUUCGAGCUGCGGGACACGGGACAUUACGGGUUCCUGCUUCCAGCCAAACAGAUCGUUCCGACGGCUGAGGAGAGCUGGCUGGCCCUCAAGGUCAUCAUGGAGCACGCCCGGGACAACAUUUACUGAGCGGGAUCGGCAGCUGGAGAGGGGGGAAGAACCCAAUAAA